AUGGGGCGCCCCGUAACAUCUGUGUUUACUAUCUUCCCCAUUCGGCAUCCGAAGCCGUCUGCAACGACAAAGAAAGUGAUCGCUGCCAUGGAGUCGCAUAACCUGCAGGCAGCUUCGACGUACGUCAACAAUAUUUUGCUAGCAAGGGGCCUGCUGAAAAGCGGUCGCGCUAUCGAUUUUGCCGACCCAGAAAAUGAAGAUGGGGGAAUCGAUGGCACCAUGGCUCGUGUGAUCAACUUGGUCAACGAUCUAGUAUUACGACGAGACCGUGAGUCUGAACAUCGUGAGAGCUUGUCUACGACGAUUCGCACGCUUCAAGUCAGCGAGGUGGAGCAAACUGCGGAGAUUGGAAAAUUGAAGACGAAAACAUCCGAGUUAACCCGCUCAUUGGCUCUAGCGGAAGCGCACGAGCGCACACUGAAGUCAAACAUGUCCAGCGCCGAAGCAAACAUCCGAAGCCUUAAGGAACAUGUGCAGCGCAUGAAGAGCACAGUUCAACAAGUCCGAGCGCAAUGCGCCAAUGAUAUUCGCAAGCGGGAUCUAGAAAUGCAAAAGCUGAAAUCACAUCUGGCUGAGAGGCAAAGAGGCAGACGGGAGGGUCUCAGUGUGACCACUAUCAACAUCAAUCCUACGUUGGAUCGGUCGCGCCUUCAAGCUAGUGGCGGAGAGCGAGUGAAUGACCCCGGAUACAGCUUGAAGCAGGAGACGACCGAAUUUUUGACGGAAUUGUGUCAAAAUCUUAGUGAUGAAAACGAUACCCUGAUUGACCUUGCGCGCAACACUGUUCAUAUUUUGAAGGAUCUACAAGGGCUGCCCCAGGCCGAUAAUGGGGCUGGCGAGAACGAGCAGUCGAGUAUGGCUGCGAGCACGGGCGCGCAUAAAUCUUCUGUCGGGCCCGUUACUUCGCUUCCCACCUCGUGUGAAGACCUCACUGUUCAAAUGGAAGCAGUUCUGGACCACCUACGAACACUGCUCACAAAUCCCUCAUUCGUGCCUCUGGAAGAAGUUGAGGUUAGAGACGAAGAGAUCAAGCGACUGCGGGAGGGCUGGGUGAAGAUGGAAUCUCGUUGGAAACAGGCAGUGACCAUGAUGAGCGGCUGGCAGCGACGUCUUACUGACGGAGGAGACUCUAUCCAGGCUGAUGAAUUGAAGCGCGGCAUGAACCUUGACCUCAGCAUUAACUCGACCGAAGAUACAAGCAUUCAGAGCGUGCCAGAUUCUAACCCCAUCCCAACGAUCCUGGAGGACCAGAAUGAAGAGGAAGAAUUGAGCGAACCAGAGGAGAAAGUCCCGGCUGUUAUGCCCAAUAUGAAAAUGCGGUCCAAGCUUCGCAAAGUACCCGAGCGACCAGAUCGUGUUCUGAGGGAACGCAGUGAAAAUGCUAUCACAAAGCGUCCCCGGAAAGUCUCAUUCACACCAGGCUUGCAAGGUUCACCAUGUGUGGAGACAGCCGACGACGAAACCCUCCAGAUCAAAGCUUAUAAAACCGAAACUGUGACCCGGAGGCCAACGAGGCGAAAGACCGAAUCCAAAGAAUCCCAUCAGCCCAAGGUCAGCGAAUCAUUAAGCGUACAUCAAAAGCUAGCUGCUGUCGAAGAUGAAGCCCGCGCCGCGCAGAGUGAACUUAAAGAGCGUGAAUCACGAAAGCGCAGCCGACCUGAGAAGGCUUCAAAGCCGGCGAAUCGGCGUCGAAGUACCCUCACUACUCACGAGCUUGACGAUCUGAUGGGCGUGGCCCGGUGA